CGCAGAAGUGUCUUUCACCUUAUCACCUUAUAUUUAUGAACCGUGCGUCGCGUGAAAAAGAACAGUGUUCACAUUCCUGACCAAUGCUCUGACAUUAAUCACUACCAAAACAAAACUUACGCAUGGGCGGCUGGAAAUAUUAUCUAAGCAUAUUUACAAAAGAAAUAAAAGCGACAACUCGUUAUUUUGGUUCUAGGAGGAAAUAUGUUCGCUCUCAGGAACGCAGUGGUCAGUCGGUUUGCCAUUCCAUCCGCGCUGGCCUCAAGCGCUCGUCUGUUGCAAACAGCUGCUGUUGAUUUGGCCGCUCGGAAGGGAACCCGCGAAAAGGCACGUAAAAAUAAAGUCAAGAAGGUGGUGGAAAAAGUUGGCUUCAUUCGGCAUGAUGUGAGGAAGAAAGGAAGGCUUAAUCUGGUGCGGGUGAACAAACAUAUUGACGACAGCUGGAAACAGGAUCCGGUCGAUGACUGCUGGGUCGGAAAGUACUACAAAUGGAGAGUUUAUUCGAUUGAAGAGGCUAUCCAAUGCCAUCGGGAAACGCAUCACCCCACCAUGUACAAUCUGCCGAAUGCGCCCCUUCACGCCCACAUUGAGUUGAACAUGCAAGCAGAGAAGAUUACACGAUUUGUGGACAACUUCCAGCGGAUGGUUGCAAUUCCUCACAGUUUCGAACACGGAGAAAAUCGUAACGUUAUUGUAUUUGCCAAAGGCCAAGAAAUUUUGAAAGAAGCAACCGAUGCCGGAGCCGCAUUAGUGGGAGGUAUAGAAUUAAUCAAGGAAAUCCAGAAUGGUGAUCUUCAGCUUUCGGAGUAUCCAUUUGUUCUCGCUCAUCCCAACAUUCUGCCUGAUCUGGUUGUAAUUCGUGGCCUGCUGAAGAAAAAUAAAUUUCCCAACCCAAAGCAAGGAACACUGGGUACGAAUCUGGCAGAAAUGAUUGAAAAGUAUUCGAAUGGCAUCCAAUAUUACGCACAGAAAGACGAAUAUCAGAAGGAUUAUGGCUCGAUAACCACCUGUAUAGGAACACUUGAGAUGGAUAGUAAGCAUCUAGAGGACAACUUAGUUGCUCUGUUGAAUGAUAUCGAUUCAAUGAGGCCAAAACGGGCGGGCAAAUUUAUCACACGCGUACUGCUGAAAAGUCCUCCCUCUGGAGAGUCGUUGAAAAUUGAUCCAUUUUUGUAUGUGUCGACCGAAUGCAAAUUUUCAAAGAGUAAAAGUAAAGAUACCGAAGAAGAUGUCGAUGAGGUGGAACACGAGAGAAAUGCGGUUGUGGUGAGCAAUUGAUGGGAUGAAUAAUUUGGAAAUAAAGAGUUGAAAUAAAAGAGUG